GAAAAAUUCUUCUUCACCUCAAAAUGUCUAAACCAACUGAAUCAGUUAUCAUCAUCGGCGCCGGCAUCGUCGGCUCCUCCCUAGCAUACUACCUCUCCCAAUCAUCAGCCCCUCGAACCAUGACCCUAAUCGACCGUUCCUUCACCUCUCUUCUCGGUUCAUCAGGCAUAGCCCCCGGCUUCAUCGGCCAAUUCAACGAGUCUGAGAUCCUCACCAAACUUGCCAUCGACACUGUCUCGGAAUAUGUAAAAAUCCCUGGUGGUUUUGAUAGAGUUGGCGGUUUGGAGAUUGCGUUUCAAGAUGAGGGCAUUCAACGAUUGAAGGCGAGAUGUGACGAUGCGAAGAAGCUGGGGCUCGAGGCCAGGAUGCUGAGCAUUAAGGAAUCACAUAGUUUGGUACCUGAGUUGGUGAAUGAGGAUGGCGAGGGUGAGGCGGUUUUCUUCGAGAAAGAUGGGACGGCGAAUGCGGUGAAGAUAACGACUUGGUAUCAACAAGAGGCGCAGAAGCGUGCAGUCAAAUUCGUGGAAGCUGAUGUGAAGAAACUUACCAUCUCAGAGGGCCGCGUCACAGGCAUUGAGGUUGUUGAGAAUGAGACAUCGCGUCAUCUCACCGCUGAUAAAGUCAUCCUCACAACUGGAAUCUGGGCCCAAGGUCUUUCAUCGAACCUCCCCUUCCCUGUCCCCGUCAUCCCCGUCGGUCAUCCCUACAUGCAUGCUCAACCUCACGAACCACUUCCCCACAAGAUCCCUUUCGUUCGUUGGCCAGAACAUCACGUCUACGCACGCGAUCAUGGUACAAAUUUCGGCAUCGGGAGUUAUGACCACGCACCUAUCGGUUACAAACCGAGCACUACCGCGAAGGGAGGGUGGGUUGACUGGUUCAAGCAACCUCUUGAUUUCGCUACGGGAUUACUUCCUCCUGCUGCAGCACAGGAAUUUCAAGAUGGGAAUUACUUCAAUGGAGUGUUUAGUAUGACGCCAGACAAUAUGCCCCUUGCUGGAAAGGUUGAGUCUUUGGAGGGAUUGUUCAUGGCAGUCGCAGUCUGGGUUACUCAUGCUGCUGGUACAGCCAAGGUUCUGACGAGGAUCAUUGAUGGGGAUAAAGUGGAUCACCAGACGAAGGAGGCUCUUGAUCCUGAGAGAUUUAGAGGACAGGACUUUGCGCAGUUGGAGGAAAAGUCGUUGGCGGGGUAUAAUUCUAUUUAUAAGACUGUUAAGUCUGGUUCGGCUUAA